AUGUUAAAGUCAUUUCAUGUCGCCCCGCUGGGCCAGAACUAUACAGAGUUUCUGGAGUCUAGUCACGACAUGUCCCUGGCGACAUUUCUUCAGGAGAGACUGGAAAAAUACAAGGAAUGCACCCUGCAACUCUCAGGAGACCUGUCUGCUGUACGGGGAGGAGGCGGUGUGGAUGCUCUUGUUGAUGGGCUCAUCGCCAUCCAUGAUGAUACAAGGGCUGUCUUGAACACGGAGAACUGGGGUGCACUACCAGCCUUCUGGGAUCGCUUUGACAAGACUGUGUCCCAACUCAAGUUGCUUCGGAUCAACAAGGACGACUUUGAGACCCUCAAGGCUCUUACUCGAGGACAAUACGGAAAGGUACACCGACACAUCUAUCUUACAAAGCGAGCAGCAGUCGUCGAGGGUGAUCAUUUCGCAUAUGCAAUGGUGUCGAUUGUCCGGAGCAGGUUGGACGGAGGCAUAUAUGCGAUGAAGACCCUGAACAAGAUGUACAUUCUUUCCCAGAAAGAUAAAAUUUUGUACAUGGAAGAGCGACAGGUCCUGGCUAUCACCUCGGAGUGGUUCCCAACACUACAUGCAGCGUUCCAGGAUGAGGUAAACCUAUAUCUUGUGAUGGAGUAUGCACCAGGAGGCGACCUUUACAGCAUUCUAGACAAGAAGCAAGACGAAUUGAACAAGACCAAUGGUCACGCCGACGACAAUGACGGGAACUCGUCCGACGACGAAGAUACUACGUUGACAGAGGACGAGAUCCGGUUCUACAUCGCCGAGAUUGUUCUCGCCGUCUCUGAACUGCACAAGAACCAUUAUAUUCAUCGGGAUCUCAAACCUCAAAACAUCUUGCUGGAUGCAACUGGCCACAUCAUGCUCGCUGAUUUCGGUGCCUGUGCUCGACUGGAUGCAAGUGGACAGGUCCAUGGCCAGACAGUACCGCUGGGAACAUGGGACUAUAUGUCUCCAGAGGUUGUUGACGCUCAAUCAGGUGGAAAACCCUACGGCAAGGAAGUCGAUUGGUGGGCAGUUGGAGUAGUGAUGUAUGAACUGCUUGUUGGUGAGCCACCUUUUUUUGCCGAAAGCGCCAUGGGAAUCAUCCGUUUGCUCAGGGACCACGAGAAAAACCUCAGUUUUGACAAGGGCAUGGAAAUCAGCCCAGAGUGCAAGGACCUUAUUACCAGACUGUUGGCGAGAAAGGAGAACCGUCUCGGAAAGAAUGGAGUCGAAGAGAUCAAGGCACACCCGUUCUUCAAAGGCAUCGACUGGGACAACAUCCGAAAAUCGACACCACCGUUCUUGCCUGUAAUCGAGACUCCAGACGAUACUUCAAACUUUCGAUUUGACGACGAUCUGGAUGGAAGCGAUGAGACUAUGCAGGACAAGCAGUCGACUGUCGUCGAUUAUCGUGGAGGACGACUCCGGCGGUUUGAGGGCUACAAUCUCGCGUUCAUCGGCUACACCUACCAGACGUUUGUCGAUUUCGGAGCAAUCAACCCGCAAGACUCUGGAAAGUUGGCACUACCGACUUCCGUCAGCGGGAAGGACUUGGCCCAUGGCAAGUUCCGGAGAGAGCCCUCGCUGACAGGACUUGACAAGGAGGAUGUCGGACGGCUGCGGUUAGAGCAGGAGGUCCAUCGACUUGUGACUGAACUGGCGACCAAGGAAGACUUGUUGACAGAGAUCAAUUCGGUGCACCAGACCUUGUUGACUCAGUAUGAAGAGCACGUUUCAAAAGCGACAGCCGUGGAGUCAGAACUCUCGGCCAAGUUGGUCGGUAUUGCUGCGGUCGCAGAACGGGAGCGUGUCGAGGCGGAAGAGUUGGCUCAGGACCUCAAGAAUAAUCUAGCACUGCAGCAAAAGAAGGCUCACCAGUUGGAAGACGAGAACGAGACGAUGAGGGCCAAGUGCGGUGAGCUCGAGAACGAAAUUGAGCGUCAACGCGAGUCGAUAUUGAAGCAGGAGAUUGAGGGCAGCAAGGUCUCGCUCCUCAAGGCGGAGAAUGAGGAGCUUCGGAACCAGAAGGAGCAUGACCGUCUGCAGGAGAACCAGCUUCUUUUGGCCGAGAUGGAACGAGGUAAUAGACUUCGUGAGGAGAACGAGACAUUGCGGUUGCAGAUCCGUGAUAUGGAGCGUCAAGAGGAGAAGACGACACUGGAGUACAGGAACUCGGUCUCGGAGCUAAAAAAGACCUUGAGAGGGGCACAGGAGGACGUUGCCGACCAACUCCAGACAAGGAAGAGGCUUGAAGUUGAUCUCCGUCAACAGAUCGACGCCAAGAACGCACUCCAACAGUCUCUUAACAAGGCGCUAGAGGCUCUAGAGAACAAGGACGCCGAGGUUGUUCAAUUGACCAAAGCCUGCGAGGCAGCCGUUGCAGCAAUGGAUUCAUCGACAGGCACCAACGGCGGAAGUGUGCGAACUAUCUACCCAUCGAUGCUGAAGCGUGAGCGGGCAAGCAACAAGGUCCUGGUUCAGCAAUUGGAGGAGCAAGGAGAAAAGAUUACCGACCUGGAGAAUAAAAUCAAACAGUUGGAGCAGGAGAAGGGUCGUCAGCAAGGAGUUCGGAGUCCUGACAGGGUUGCCUCGCCUGUGCAUUCUCUUUGGUCACACGACGCCCAGUCCUUGACGAGUCCUACCAAGAUGAUGAUGGAGAUGUCUGCACCCGAUGAUGUCUCUGGCUGGAUCCGGAUCUCUUGGCCGUCGGCAGAGAAGAAAAGCAUGAAGCAGAGCUGGAAGAAGCAAUUCAUCGUCCUGAGGGAUAUGAAGAUCUAUUCACUUGAGAAGGAAGGCGACCCCGGCACCUCCCAGUCAUGCAAGGUCCUCGCCGACUUGAGGUACUCUACCUAUGCCUCAUUGUUUACUGCUACGACAGAGACGUUUGGUUCUCAGGCACAGUCGAUUCUGUCUGCUUCUCAUCCUGUUCACUUAGCCAACAUGACCAGAGCCGAGAUCCAGACCAAGAUCGACACCCUCAAGGCCGAGAUUGUCAAGGAGGAGCAGAUCAAGCGGGGAGCAGAGUCGAUGCAGGCUGCAUGGAUGGGAAGCAAUGGUACAAGCGAUGCGUAUGUCAAGUCCAAGGAGAACGUUGAUGUGUGCACCAAGCUAAUCAAGGAAAAGUCGGCAGAAGCUGAGCGAUUGACACAGCUCUUAUUCGCAUCAGAGACGAAGGCAGAGUCUUCGCACGAUCUGUUCUCGACGGAAAGGAGCCUCAAGGUGAAGGAGCUGGAGAAGCACAUCAUGAUCGAGCGCCGUCAUUUGGAGGCAGCGGAAAAAAUGGCAGCACCGCUCAUGAACUCUGCCAACAAUAUCGUCCGGAGGAACUGGAAGUCUGCUGUUGAGGUCCAGAUGGAGAGUUCCAAGCAGCGGUUGGCGACAUUAACCGCCGAGCUCGAAAAACUCAAUUCUGGAUCAAAGAGCAUGUCGCCCCUACAAUCGGGACUCGCGACUUGGACGCAGCAACGCGAUAUCUACGGACACCAGUUCCACCUCAAGCACUAUACUAUCCCCAAGUCCUGUCACCAGUGCCACGAUGUCCUGUGGGGAUCGCAAAAGUCCGGUUACGAGUGUUCCGGAUGCAAGUAUGUGGCACACAAGCAGUGUCUAGACCUGUUGACGAUUUCGUGUCAAGAACAACAAGGUCUCCGCCAUAGCCUGCCGAUCUACCUGCUAGCGCAUGAUAAGCAUGAACAGAAGCGGUGGAUCCGGACGAUUGAGCUGCAUCGGAAGCGUGCCGAGACCAUGAUGAUGGGGUCUACUCAUGGCCAUGGUCAUAGUUCUGGUCAGGGUCAGGGUCAAGGUCUUUACGUGCGGACUGAUACAGAUGCAGAUACAGGAGGAGCAGGAGCAGGGGUAGGAAGAAGUUCGUCCGACAUGUCCAUCUCUGCAACCAAAAGUAGCCCCUGA